AUGGAAGAGUUCGCGCGGGCCUGCGCGGAGGCGUUGCUGGGCGCAGGGGCGGCGGAGGAGAGGGCGGCCAGUGAGGCGCAGGCGAUUGUGCGGUGCCAGACUGAGGCCGGCCGUCGCCAAGCGCAAGCCUUGGAGGAAAAGGAGCUGCGGAUCCUCGCCCUGAGCGAGGAGAAUGCCGCGCAGGCAUUUUCCGUGGUGCAGCAUGAGGAGGAGGCCUCAAGGCUGCGGCAGUGGAGCUACGCCUACGAGGCCACGGCCAAGGCGGAGGCCCUGACGGCGCAGCGUUGCCGCUCGGAGAUGGUCACGGCAGUGCAGGAGUUGCAGCGGUUCCACCGCAUGCAGCAGCUGCAACACGACAUGCGGAUUCAGGUUCCAUCUCGAUUGGAGCCCAUCCUUGAAGGCGGCUCGCCUGCUUCGACAGAGGAUGCCGACAGAGAGCUGGAAGCCAAUGCAGGCGCGGUGUCCCUGGCCUCCACUGAAGCCGACGACAGCGACCAGGAGGACAUGAAGGCCCUGGUCUUGAGGCUUCAGAGCGAGCUCAUGGAAGUCGAGGCAGAGCGUGCGAAGGCGAGCGCGCAGCGGGACGAGGCACGGGAGGCUCUGGCUGCCCUGCAGAAGGAGCACACCGCCCUGGCAGAAUCUCGGCAGUUUGCAGCGCCCAGCGCACCGCUUGCAGUGCCCAGCGCACCGCUUGCAGUGCCCGGCGCGCCCGCCAGCGCGCUGGGCGCGCUGAGUGGGACGCUGUCGCCGGCGUCGCCCUUCCGAGACGGCGCAGGCAGCACCUCCAGCGUGCCGUGCUCACCACUUCGCCGUGCCGCGCAGGCGCCCACGGACCCAGCUGGCCGGCUUUUGCAGGCCAAGCUGCAGCUGAACGAAGCCAUGGCAGAGCUCCGGAGCCUGAGAUCUCCGGGCUGA